GUAUCUUAACAAAAUGAAACAGCUAAACGUUAAUGACGUGGCAGAAGUGAUAGAUUCCAACUGCAUCUUCUAGCGAACUAAGCAGAACAACAGAGAAAACCGGAAGCACCAUGGCUACGGAUUUCAAGUCUAUCCCUUUUAUAGAUUUAAGUCCUCUUUUGGAGAAGUGGGAUCAUCCAAAUAUUGCUCAAGAUGAAGGUGUAGCUCAAGUUGUUAGGCAAUUAGAUCAGGCUUGUAGAGAUGCUGGAUUCUUUUAUGUGAAGGGCCAUGGUAUUCCUGUUUCCCUUAUGGACGAGAUUAAAAGUAUUACGCGCGAAUAUUUUCAUCAACCCUAUGAGGAGAAAAUCAAGAUCAAACUUUCUGCAGCAACUGGAUACAGAGGAUAUCAAAGAAUUGGAGAGAAUAUAACCAAAGGCAUACCUGAUAUACAUGAAGCUAUUGAUUGCUAUAGAGAAGUGAAACAUGGGAUGUAUGGAGAUCUUGGAGACGUUAUGCAAGGAACCAACAUGUGGCCGAGUAAUCCUCCAAAUUUUAAGCAGUUGAUGGAGGAGUAUAUUGACCGCUGCACAGAUCUAUCACGAAAGAUAAUGAGGGGAAUUGCUCUGGCGUUGGGUGGAUCAGUGGAUGAAAUGGAGGGUGAAAUUGGUGGUGAUCCAUUUUGGGUCUUUCGAAUAAUUGGCUACCCUGCUGCGUCCAUUUCAAAUGGACAUGAUAAGGCUGACAAUGAUGUUGGAUGUGGCGCCCACACAGACUAUGGGCUAUUGACAUUAGUCAACCAGGACGACAAUAUAGUUGCCCUUCAGGUGAGAAAUAAAUCCGGUGAGUGGAUAUCAGCACCACCUAUCCCCGGCACAUUUGUGUGCAAUAUAGGAGAUAUGUUGAAGAUCUUAUCAAACGGAAUUUAUGAAUCAACGUUGCACCGGGUCAUCAAUAACUCUCCCAACUAUCGUGUUUGCGUGGCCUACUUUUAUGAGCCCAACUUCAAUGCUUCAGUAGAGCCACUUGAUGUGUGUUUACAGAAGACUGGUGGCACCAAGAAUUUUGAAGGAGCUGUUUACGGGAAUCACUUGGUCAGCAAAGUCACCACCAAUUUUGUUAUGUAAUAACUGAAGCAAAGAAACAACAAGGCAGUAACAUGAAUCGAAGGACAAAAAAUUACAACACUAAUACUAGUGCUACUGGUAUGCAAGAAAAAACACAUACAAUGCACAGAGCCUCAACUAUUUAUAAAUCUUCGAUCUCCAUAUUUUUCCAUCUAAAGUUAUGUCCUCGCUAAGCUAAAUAUGUGCGUAUCAAUUUGUCCAGUCCAGAAUUUAACUAAAUGCAUCAAGUUUCUGGGCAAGACUUGUUGUAGUGAUGUCUUGGUCUCGGACCAAUAGCAUUGGAAAUGGUAGAUAGAUUUCCUAUAUA